AGAACGUUAAAUUCUCUUUGAUUGCACCUGGUUGAUUUUAUUAGUGGUUGUGAAUGUGAAUGUCUUGUGAAUUAUUGUGAUUUGUGAAUUUAUUUUGCAUUUGCAGGAACUAGAAGAUUUGAGUGUAGUUGGAUAUAUUUUAAAUUGCAGUGAUAAUAAUAAAUGUAAAUAGACAAGUUAAUUCCUUCCUGAUAACACAAUAAUGAACUAACGAUCUUUUGCUUUUAUAUCGAUAUUUCAUGACUUAGUGAUUUAAAAUCAUCAUGGUGCAGGAAUACGUUUCUUCUGUGAGGGUUCACAAAUACCCUUUUGAAAUGGUUAUGGCGGCGUACGAGAGACGGUUCCCGAGCUGCCCACAGAUCCCGGUGGUGCUCGAGUGUGUCAUCACCGACGACAGCUGGAGUGCUGACGACUCCCAGCGGCACACAACACGCCGGUGCCAGCUCAACGUGGAGGCGCCUUAUCUGCUUAAGAAGAUGAUUGGCGUCGACUACGUGUACUUCAUCCAGAAGAACCACCUGGACCUCAAGGACAGGCAGCUGGAGAUCGAAGCCACUAACGAGACCUUCGCGAGCAGGGUCUCCGUCGUCGAGAAGUGUCGCUAUUAUGUGCACCCCGAGAAUGCUGACUGGACCUGCUUUGAGCAGAGCGCGCUGCUCGAUGUAAAGAACUUCUUCGGGUUGGAGAGUACGGUGGAGAAGAUUGCGAUGAAGCAGUAUGCCGCCAACAUCUCUAAAGGCAAAGAGCUGAUCGAGUCGUUCAUGGCCGAGGUUCACGCGGACGGCGUGCGCGAGUUGCCGGUGUGGCGGACGUCCGACCCGCGCGGGAACCGCGAGCUACGCCGCGUGGUGUCGCGCGGGACUGAGCCACUCUCGCCUCGCCCCGCCGCCGACGCUAAGAAGCACUCCGUGCCCGGUCCAUCCAGCAGACAGAGUGCCCUUAGCACUAUAACGUCCAGUAGAUUAUCCAGAACCCAAAGCAAAUCUACACUAGGCAGAGACAUUAACCCAUCCCGACACUCAUGCUUACACCUAGCCGAUAAGAAACCCAGCAAAAUCCUCCGCAUUCACAGAAGCAAAACGAAGCUUGAUGACACUCAUGUGAGAGCAAAGGAAAUCGAGCACAUGAAGGAUUCGUCAUCUUUUGUCGAUGAAGACUCUUUGAAGGAUUAUUUGGAAAAGCCGAAAGUAGAUGAAACUGUGUCGGAAUUAAGUAGUAAGGCUUGUCCUUGUUCAUUGAUGCCAAAUACUGACGCCAAUGUGCCUUAUAUAGUCACAAGAUACGACAAUUUGGUUGUAGUAUUGACAUGUGCCGUGAUUUUAAUUUAUCUAUUGUCGACUCCUCUUUCCCUGCUGUUCGGUACGCGUAGAGAUAGGAAUUAA